CACGUACACAAACACAGAAACUUGGUGUGCGGAGCCGGGGCCGGAGCGCAUCAAGGCGCAGCCGGAGCGCACGCGGCUGGACGCGCAGCGGUGCUAAGAGAAGAAGGUGCCCGCGGGCGGAGAAGGGCACCGGGUGCCGAGCCGGAGCCAGGCGGGAGAAGCGGAGCUAGCGAGUCGAGCCCGAAGAGGAGGAGGAGGAGGCGCGCGGGAGGCGUCCGUCAUGUGCCCGUGCCCUCUGCACCGCGGUCGCGGCCCCCCGGCGGUGUGCGCCUGCAGCUCGGACCGCCUCGAGCAGCGCGCGGCGGCGGCGGCGCAGCUCACGGGCGCCCGCCUCAAGGCGCUCGGGGACGAGCUGCAGGAGCGGACCAUGUGGCGGCGCCGGGCGCGGAGCCGGCGGGCCUCAGCCGAGGCGGCGGGCAGCGGCGGCGGGCUCCCCGCCUACUGGGCUUGGCUGUGCGCGGCCGCUCAGGUGGCGGCGCUGGCGGCCUGGCUGCUCCGGAGGAGGAACUUGUAGGAGCGCGGGGGCUUCUUGGCGGGGGCCGAAGCGGAGACUGAGCCGGAGCCCAAGCAACAGGUACUGUCCUGGGGCCGGGCCGGGGACCUGCUAGCCGGGGCUGGCCGGGACUCAGAGGCCGGUCCUGCCCACGCGAGCUGCGCUGGGCAAGCCCUGGACAGGACCAAGUUUGUCCCUCAGUGUCUCCGCUCCACUCCCCGCUUCUCCCUCCCUCUCCCUGUUACCCCCUUUACUCUUCCAUUCUCCUAGUCGGUACGUUUGUUUCUCAUCUACUCCCUUUUCCCUUUUCUCCCCUUCUUUCUGGCUUCUGCGUGUCAGUGUCUCUCCCCUCCUUUCUGCUCUGUCCUUCUUUAUCUUUCUUCCGAACCUUCCUGUGGUUUCUUGGAGUUUCUGCCAGU